CUGCAGGGACCGAGCGCGCAACCGUGUAGAGAGAGAAGCAGAAACGGCGAAUACGAAGGGAGAAGAGAGAAAGAGAGAGCGAGCCGCGCUCGCGACGCUCGGCGCCACACGGAUGCAACGAGGCCGCCUACUUACACGCAUGUCCGCGCGCGUGUUCGGUGCGAGCGUCGCACGCAGACAUGCGCACGGCCGGCUGCGAAAACCGGCGUGCAAAAAUCCUCCAAUCGGGAGCAGAGGCGGGAGUCGGUGGGGCAGCCACGUGGUGCUACGGCGACCAAUCGACGUCGCGGCGCUCGCGAAUUUCGAGUCGGUUUCCCGCUCGAGCGCCCCGGUGCUUCUAGUUUGCUAGAACAGGACGGACAACAAGAGGGAAGAAAAUAAAAAAGAAACGAGCGAGAAAGUGCACACGCACGAACAAGGAGAGACAGGAAGGUUAUACGUCGGGUAAAAAGGAGCGAAGAAGAAGGAGGAGGGAAAAAAAAAAAGAAGAGAGAAGAGUGACGAGUUUGCAUCGCAUUGCCGUGCCCUCUCCCUCCCUUGCACCACGAGGGCACGCGAAAUAGCGAAGGAGCGAGAGAGAAAGGAUGAAACUACCGGGUGAUCAGAGGGAGAAGGAAAACCCGCCGAAUGAGCGAGCCCCUCGGACGUCGUAUCGUGGUCUAGCCAAAGAGAGGAGAGCCUGGUAGGAAGGUGCGUCGUAGUCGCAAGGAGAGGCGAGGAGAGAGCGAGAGAGCGAGAGAGAGUCCGGCUGAGUACACGGUGAAUCGUCGAGAGAACGGUCAAACCGCGGCGUCCCUUAAACUUAAAAAAGUUGAAGAGUCGUUUCCGAGAAGACACACCGGUCGUGUUCGUCGUGUGAUCCGUCCGAGAUCGGUCGUCAGCAGUCAUCCUCGUCGGUUUUAGUGUGAUCGAGCUGGGUCCGAGGAACGUAUAUCCACUGCCACCGGAAGCACCGUCGGGUCUGCGUACUAUCGUUGACCGAAGCGAGCGGGAAAUAGAGAGCCGGGUUUCCGAAGGAUAAGGAAGAAACGAAGUAACAAAAGACAGUAGCGGACAGAAACGUUUGAGAAGAUCGUUCAAAGACGUCACGAAAAUAUACCUCCUGUGCCUAUUUCGUUUUGGUGUGCAAGCCCGUGAAAAUCACGCCGAGUAUUACGCAAGUACAAUCGCAUUCGCCCGGAGGACAACCAGAUAGAACAGAUAACAAAGUUGCAAAGGAGAAACCCUGACGAAACCGCACCGCUCUUCGUUUCCUCUUGCGCGAUAGCGAGCAACAGAACACCAACGUCGUCGACUGCGCCGCGGUUACGUGUUUUUUUUUUUUUUUUUCGUCCUGCACAAAGGACACAGUUACGAUCCUCGACGUGUCGAAGCGUGCGGUGUGUCGUCGUUGAGUUCGUCCUUACGGCCCCUGUCGGUGAAUUCGGCCCCCCACCCUCCUUCCUCUUCACCCCUUGAGGUCUCGCAGUGCCCGAAACAUUCGGUCGUCUUCCGUUUUCGCGACGUGAUCGUCCUCGUUUCAACGAAACGGGCCAUCGCCAACAGCAGCGGAUCAUUCGGUCAGCCGCGUGCCAUCCGAGUUGCAAAUAUUUCCUACCACGUGACCGAGACGUAUCUCGGAAAAGCCGUCACCAUAGCGUCCAAGAGCGAGCCAACCAGCAUGUCGAAGCUCUACGUGGGCAACCUGCCGUCGGAUUGUAACGAGAGUGCCCUCAGGCAACUCUUCCAGGACCACAAUUUGUCGUGCACAACGAUCCUGGUGAAACGUGGAGGCUACGCGUUCGUCGACUGCACCGAUCAGUCCGUGGCGGAUCGUGCAAUCGACAAACUUAACGGAUAUGCCUAUCUCGGAUCGUCGCUUGUUGUGGAGCCAUCCGUAGCCAGUGGACCGAAAAAACGUGGUGCCGGAUCCAAGGUUCUCGUAAGCAAUUUUCCAAGUCACGCCAAAUUGGAGGAUCUCGAGUUGCUGUUUUCGAACUGCGGUCAAGUGCAGUCCAUCGAGAAGUUGUCAUCGCGUGAUCCUAACACACAAACCGCCCUCGUUAGCUAUGAGACGCAAGAACAAGCACAGCUGGCUGUGAACGAGUUUAAUGACCACGAGUACGGCGGUAACGUGCUAAAAGUGGAAAUGUCUACGGCGGAGAGCCGACGAAGAGGCCGCAGCCAGCGCAGCGGCGUCGCCUACUCCGGAGUUUCGGGUUCCGGACGACAGACGGACUUUCCGCUUCGCAUUCUCGUACAAUCUGACAUGGUAGGGGCCAUAAUCGGUCGCCAGGGGUCCACUAUACGCCAGAUUACACAGAUGACACGCGCACGUGUGGAUGUUCAUCGGAAGGACAACGUCGGUUCCCUGGAGAAAGCCAUCACCAUCUAUGGCAAUCCAGAAAAUUGCACGAACGCCUGCAAAAAGAUCCUGGAGGUCAUGCAGCAGGAGGCUAACAGCAUAAACAAGAGCACCGAGAUCACUCUGAAGAUCCUCGCACACAACAACUUGAUCGGACGAAUAAUCGGAAAGGGUGGCACCACGAUCAAGCGAAUCAUGCAAGACACGGACACAAAGAUCACCGUGAGCAGUAUUAACGAUAUCAACAGUUUUAAUCUCGAGCGCAUAAUCACAGUUAAGGGCACCAUCGACAAUAUGAGCAAGGCUGAAUCCAUGAUCUCCAGUAAACUUCGCCAGAGCUACGAGAACGAUUUACAGGCAAUGGCUCCACAAAGCAUGAUGUUCCCUGGCCUGCACCCGAUGGCCAUGAUGUCCACCGCUGGUAUGGGAUACAGCUCACGUGGUCCCGGCUUGUAUGGCUCCGGACCUGCCCCAUAUCCUUACCAGGCUAGCUUGCCAACUCAACAGGGUGUUCCAGCUGCCGACACUCAGGAAACUGCCUUCCUUUACAUUCCUAACAGUAGCGUAGGCGCCAUUAUCGGUACCAAGGGUUCCCACAUUAGAAACAUCAUCAGAUUUUCCGGAGCUAGCGUGAAAAUCGCACCGCUCGAACAGGACAAACCAGCGGAGCAACAAACCGAAAGGAAAGUGACUAUCGUCGGUUCGCCAGAAUCUCAAUGGAAGGCGCAGUAUUUGAUCUUCGAGAAAAUGCGCGAGGAAGGAUUCGUUUCCGGGUCCGAUGACGUCAGACUGACAAUCGAAAUUUUGGUACCAAGCGCUCAAGUUGGCCGAAUCAUCGGCAAAGGCGGACAAAAUGUUAGAGAAUUGCAACGUGUAACUGGAAGUGUCAUUAAGCUAUCGGAACAACAAUCAGCAUCUCCUUCUGCCGACGAAGAGGCCACCGUCCAUAUAAUUGGCCCCUUCUUCUCUGUUCAGUCGGCACAGAGAAGAAUUCGCUCUAUGGUCCUGCAGUCUGGUGCACCUGGAGCAGGUGCUGGCUCGCGCGCUGGUCGUGGUAGCAGCCAAGAAGGUGGUUCCCGUACCCGAAGAGACGGAAGCGCCACGUCUCAACAAGGUGGCACAACGACGCAACAGCAUUCGGCUCAGCAGCAAUCGAGCUCCUCGCCAUCCAGCCAGCAACAACCACAAAAUCAGUAACGUCACUGAAACUUACCUGACGCCGACCAACGCCUCACAGAAUCCGUUUUAUUCGCCGGGGUGGCCUCGUCGCUUUGACAUUCUCUCGUCAUGAGGCUACGUGCAACCUCCUUCUCGCGGGGCACGUAUCCUUCAGAGAUUCUCGCAGAGCGGCCGAGCGAUGUGCAGGGAGAGGACGAAAGGCACACGCGAGCGCUUUCUAUCGAGAUUCGAGUAAUCCAUGCAAUAGGAGCCGAGAUAUAUAUUCUUCAAAAAGAUCAUCCAUUUGAUUCGGUAACGGGUAAGAGAGAGGGGCUACGGUCGAUGGCGUUACUUUAUGUUGUUACUAUUAUUCCUUUUGUUUGCAUUUUUUUUUUCUCCUUUUUAAUUCGCGCAAGUACACCGAGACUGCCAAGCGCCACGUGUACUUGUCGCGAUUUUUCGAGAACGCAGAGAUAUCGCGUAGCGUACCUUUUUAUAGAUGGGUUUUGCAGCGGGACAUGUGAAAAAUUAUCAUUGUUGACCGCAUCGCCAUCGAUCGUGACCUAACGUCGCAACGAGUAACAACGCUCAUAGUUCUACAAAGGCAAUUAAUAAGCGACGCGAGUACCGCAUAUGGAACCAGAUGGAAGGUGCACACGUCAUCUAACGAAAACGUGUCACGCGAGACGAGGUGAGAGAAAGAAAAAAAAAAAAGUUCGGUACCUGUCCGUGUAGAGCAGAGACAACGCUAGAAAAUUCCAUUCUCUUUCGUGGCGACAUACCCGUUCACCAGACCGUACACAUACAUACACACAUACACAUACGCGCGCCCACACAUGGUUUUCUCACCUCAUCUACGCGAGUAGCGUAAACGUUUCGUUGCGAGUUCGGUCAUUCAGGGGGGUUGAAACGACAGGUGAAAAACUCGAACGAAUCGAUUUCGCAGCGUUAACGAAACCACCUCGUCGAUGAAACAGGAUAUAUACUACGAUGAUAAGAAAAAAAAGCAUACACAACCUUAUUACCUCAUUCAUUACGGUUAAAGAUUUAAAUAUGAUAAAGAAAAGUGAAACGAGAGAAAGGAUAAAAACCAACUAAUCUACAAAAAAAAAAAAGAAAGAAGUCUACCUAAUAUUAAAGUUAUAAUAAUAUACAGAGAAGUUAAGUAACGAUUACACAUUACGUUAUACAUGUUACUACUACUACUACUGCUAUUAACUACUACUACUACUACUACUACUACUUACCUUCUGCUGCGUACUACAGAGAAAGGGGAUUUUCUUUUUUUUUUCGUUUUUUUUUUUUUUUUUUUUUUUUUAAAGGGAAAAGGAAAGGAACUACUUACUCUAGGUACAGUCUUUUUAUAUCACACAGCACAGAGACAAUUUAAACAAACGAAGAUAGAGGAAAAUACACACGCGCAAGCAAAAUGAAAUAUAAACGAGACUUAAUCGAAAGAAUGUGAGCGAAAACGUGACACGUUCUACAGUUUAGACGUAAGCCAGGAUAUUUCUGACGCCUCUCGGCCCCCCGCGGUCCCGCCCUGAGCCCCUCUCGCGCCGUAAUACCAAAGAAGCGAUUAUGAAGUUUUUUUCGUAUUAGUGAAGUGACAAAAUGCGUGACACGCUGCACUCGCCUCAAGUUCCUUGCAAGAGCCAACAGUGAGAGGGGUCAGAGGACGCACGCGUCUGCGGGGAAGAAUCGACGAGUGGUUAUCGACGUCGGACACACGCCCCGGAAGGAAGGAAACCGACGAAAGAACGUCAUCGGGUCGCUUUGACGAAAAAUAGAUAGUGAUUGGAUAGAGAGAAAAAGAGCGGAAGUGAGUAGAAGAGAAAGUGGAAGGGAAUCGGACGUUCGAGGAAUACAGAAUAAGCAUUCGAGACGGCCGCGCUGUUGUUUCGUGCUACGAGAAGGAUGUUCGAGAGAGAAUGAAAAAGCGACCGUUGGCACGCACGAGGAAGUUAGCGAACCGCUAGAGCGAAGAGAGUGGACAAGAGAGACGUAUAGAAAGGGGGGAAGAAAAAGGAAUGGAAAUGGAAGCAAGGCCACAAAACUUUUUCAGGGAUUUUUACUUUACCAUGGAUGUAAUAGUGUGUGAGUGUGCGUGUGUUGAAUAAUACUAUUAAUUGAUAAGUGAUUAAUUACUGAUUAGGGCGUAUAUACGGCAAAGGGAAGCGCGAGAUAGAGACAGAUGAUUUAGAGAUUUAGGCUUAAUCGAGGAAAGGAACACGGGAGUAAUUAAGUAUUGGGAGGGGAAGAGCGAUACUUUGACGAGUAUACGGUGUGUGUAUCUCGUGACGAUCGUGUGCCGCUCUUCGCCUCGUGGUGCGCGAGCAUGCGUAUCGCCAGCGAGUUCCUUUCAAAUUAUUGUAUAAGAUAAUAGUUGCGAGAAAUUGAGAACGUACCGACGACUUUCAGACAACCAAACCGUUUAGUCAAGUUAAGCAUCUCAAUGAGAAACAGCGAAGCGGUGAACACAGACUGUUUCGUCGAAUCGAGGAGCGAUCGACCAGGUAUGCUUCCAUAUCGGUACGCUUCCCCAUACCUUUUAUUACUUUGACCAAGCUGUCACGCAAUUGAAAGUCGUUGGUACCGCCCGAGCCGCUUAGGGUAGCUAAAUCCGCGCGUCCACGAAUUCCAAAAACACUCGCAGCGAUACGCACGGCUCCAGGCACGGCCAAUCGAUCACGAUCAUUCCCACGCGACGAGUAUUCGAGGAAUUGAUCAUUUAAAAAAAGAAAAGAAAACAAAAAAAACGCGGAACACUCGUGACCGAUUGCGCACGACUACGUAAUUCUUUAAGUUCUGAUCUAGGAAACCUACAAAGUACGAGGAUACGGAUAGUUCGCGCGUGCAACGUAUGGGCAGGAAAGCGUUUUCAAUCGUAAACGGAAAGAUCGAUCGCGUAAGAGAUAUUUAAGAGGAAAAAAUGGAAACUAAUGGCUCGGGACUAGAGUAGAGAGAAGGACUUUACACGAUUAUGGGACUUGGGGGAAGUCGAUGAAACCAACCGGACAGGCGAGGUCCUGUUCGGUGAUCUAUCAAUGCGACCAAAAAGAAGAUAAAAUUAACGGACUGACGAGACGCGCGAUCGCCCGCCACGUUCUUUGCAAAAUCGACUGCUUCGAUUCAAAGCAAUUAGGCAAACGCGUGGAAUUUAACGUUAACCCUCUAUUGAUGUUCACGAUGUUUGAUAGUCCUGCAGACUAGCACAUUCAUUCACGAUCAUAUAAAUACCAUCCGUGCAAUAGAGGGUGGUACUUUCGUAUUUACAUUCUAACAUUGGUCCAUCGUCGACGAUCCAAUUGUAGUUAAUUUCGCAAACGAACGUGGCGCGUCUUCGACGCUCAACUUAGAACGCUGAAUCCCUUGUUUGGGGUUUUGCGUCCGACGCGCGCGACGAUCGCUUCCGGUUCACGGAGGAUCGUCGAGCGUCGGUUCAAUUCACGGCAUUCGGUAUGCGUUUAGUACAAAAAUACACGAGUUUAGAAAGCGGGUGGGAAUGAAUUAAUCCAGUUUUGCGAGUGAACCGUGUAGAAACAGGAGGGAAAGAUAUAUCGCGUGUUACAGUUUUUUGUUUAUCGAGGAAGAAUAGAGAGAGAUAAAGGGAGAGAUUGAAAAGCGAGAAACUUCCGAGAGUGCACGAAUAUCGUACCCGGUGACUGGUAUCGGGAAAGAUACUCAGAGGUGAACAAAAAAGGCGGAGUUGCUCUUGCCUUGCUCGCGUUUUCGCUGCGCACUCGAGGAGUGCAUGGAACGAAGUCAUGAUAAAUGAGAAACGAAGGAAGUGCAAGCUAGCAAGAAACGUGGAGGGAAAGUGAAACACCAGAUUUGAAGCAAAAAACGAAACAAAAGACGAUUUUUAAAGAGAGAAAGAGAGAGAGAGCGUGGAAUGGAAUAGACGAGAGAGAAUAACGACGCGAGAGUAUAAAAAUGGGAUGGGGAAAGAUGAGAAAAGAAAAUGAAUCUAAGAGUAUAAGUUUAUUUUUGAUACAUUGUUGGGGAGAUCUAAGUGAAUCUUUCUUUUUCAAUUUUUUUGUUAGAUGUUUUUAAUAACUUAAUGAAUUUUAACGAUAUUGAAAGCGUGGCGCGAGGAUGCGAAGGCGAAAACAAGUUUUUUAAUAGAGAUAAGAGAUAAAGAGAAUCGCGAAGGAUGAAGCGGAGAAGCGAGAGCGAAGUGUUUUUCGUAAAAAAAAAAGCAAAAAAAGAUGAAACGAGGAAAGAGUAAAUAAUUUAAAGAGUAACGAUUUAAAAAAAAAGAAAAUAAUAAAAAUAAAAUAAAAAAAUGACGGGAAGUGGAUGUGGUGGAAGAAUUUAAAGAGGACGGCGCGCAGCUUUUUGCGCUGUGCGCGUCUGUCGCUCGCCAGGGGGGAAUAAAGGAGAUUUUAGUCGGAUAAAUUGUAUAAUAUAUUUAAUAUAUUUGGAGGAAAACGGGGGCGCCCGGGUCCGCUCGGCGCGGACGUCACUGCGACGGCUGGCGACAGGACGAUCGGGCUCGCAGUUUUAUGCGACGCGAUUUUUCGUCGAUGUCGCCGCCUGGGAAAGCCUUCCUCGCCCGCAGGCCCUCGCUUCCGUGUUUAUUUAUCGAGCGUAAAUAUUUAAUGAAAAAAAAAAAAGAAGUAAUAACGAAAGGAUGAAUAACAUUCGUAGAAAUGAAGAAAACGAUGAAAGUGCCAAGGAACAAAAACAGUAUGCAUACGUAGAAAAGAAUUCAGCAAAACAAAUCAGUUAAUCGUAGAAGCAAAACCCAUAGAACAACAAAAGGAACACCGCACUGCGUAACACCCACAGAAAGAUCAAGAUCGCGCAGAGAAACAUCUAUAUAUCACCGCUACGACAACAACAACAGUAAAAGAACAUUCGCCUUCACCGCUACGAGAUAAAUCAUUUACGCUACUUCGAGAAUAUCACUCGACGCUCCUUUUUCCUGAAACGAUGCGCGCAACCGCGUUCGAACAAAUUGUUUUUUUCGGCCGAAACAAGUCCAGAAGAAAAAAAAACAACAGAUAAACGCCCAGAGGGAACGAAGGAAUUACGGAAAACAGAGACGCACGUCGCGAGUACGAAAUACAGUCGCUCUUUCCACAGAAUUUCGUUGCGGGAGACAUCCAUCCAACAGCGAAAAUCAUCGCCACCCCUCCCCCCUUUUCGGAAUAUCUCUUUAUAUUUGUCUAACGAAGGAAAAAAAAUGACGUAAAAAAUCUAAAAAAAAAAAAAAGAUGCACGGAGGUAAUUAAAAAGUUCGCGAUCCGUAAUCUGCCCCGCACCGUGAAUUUUUUCACACCUUUCGCUCGUUCAUCGAUCUUUGAUUCAUUUUUUUCGUUGCGCCAAUUCUUGGAACGAAAUUUCAACGAUAAGAAGAUAAGAAGCGGGAGAAAAAUGAAAUCCGGAGUCUCAGUAGUACAGGAAGAGAAAAAAGGAAGACACCCCCAAGACUUCAAGGCUCGCUCACAGUCAGUUCUUGCGCUCCAUCGCCGAUGAAGAUUAAAUGAAAACGAGGAACAAAAGUAUUCGUUCAGUCAGCGAAAGCUAAACGCAACAGAAAAGAAGACAAAAAGAAAAAAAGUGAAAACAAACGGAAACGUAGAAAAAAGGCAACGUUUACAACCCUGUCAGAACGCAAACGUGGAAAAGAAAAGGAAAACGAGGCAAGAACUACCUUUUUUGGCUAAUUCCUCGGCACCAGCGCUUCUAAAACGCCGAGAAUGGAGAGAAUGGAAAAAGAUUGAAGAGAUUUUGGAGGAGACUGUGGCAAGCUCGCUCGCACGCACGGGAGAAUGUACAAAUCAAACAAGGUAACAAAAAAAUGAAAAAAUGAAAAGAUUAAAUAGAAAUUAUUAAUAUAAUAACGAUUAACUUAAAUGAAAGAGAUGAAGAUUUUUAACGUUAUAAAUUAUUAUGCGCGCGAAUUAAGACGGUGAGGAGUAACUUAAUCUACUUGGAUAAGGAAUACCAACAAAAAACGAAUGUACAAAAUCGAUUUAUCGCUAAAUCUAAAUGUUAGUAUUCUAGAAUAUUUUACCGUGAGAGAAGUAAAGAAAGAAAAAAAAAGAAUAAGAUCGUGCUUAUCGAUUAGAAUUGAGGAAAAUUAAAGUAAGCUCGGCGCUUAAGUUUUAAGAUUAUGCAUGUAUCCCGCGGAACGAGGAGAGAGAGUGAGAGAGUGACCACAAAAAAAAAAUGAUAAGAUCGUAUCGAGCAUCGGAUUUCAAAAGAGGAACCAAAAACGUUGAAAAAGAAAAAAAAAGAAAAAGACACCGUCGACAAAGGGAACGAAAAACCAAUCUUUCUUAUCGAAGCAACGAAAAGCGUGCAAGCCUCGACGAAAGGAACAAAAAAAAAAGGCUUCUUUUUCUACGAACGUCCAAUAUCGUCGACGUAUCUCCCGACGACUGUUAAGCUCUAUCGACCUUUUUAUCACGUUCUUACCAACCGUUUAUAUAAGAUAGCGAGAUCUUUUUGUACGUUUUUUACGGUAAGAUAUUUCAUAACGCUCUUCUCGCCAAAGGAGAAGAAACGAAGAUCCCCUUCCGAUGAGGUUGAAAUUUUCGCGCACCGAGGCAACAGCAACGACAGCAACAAAAACUCACGCGGAGAGACCGUUGCGGUGGACGAGAGGACAAGAUCCCAGUGCCACGUGUCGCGGUAAGAAAGAAGAGCGCGCAGGAUGCAAAGCAAAACCACAAAAGAAAACGCCGAAAUUCAAGUGGAACAAUCCACGCGUCUAACGCGUAACAGCUACGCGAUUCGCGACAAAACUUUCGAUGGAAAACCAAAAAAAAAUUAUAAACCCCCCCCAAAAAAAAAUGAGAAAAAAAAAGAAAUAAUGGCAAAAGGAGAAAGUAAAAGGGAAAACGACUCCAAGACGAGAAAGACACAGAUCCAAGCGUCCGCCUCACGACGAGGCGGUCCCAGACAAAACGAAAAAAAAUCUUCCAUUUCCGCAACACGAUUGUAGAUGAUCCGGUCAGAGACAUCUCUCUUACAGUUCGAUCAGCCACGGUUAGGAUCAGCAUAUCCGCUCGACGCGAACGUUGGCGAAGAUAGCAAACGAUUAAUUAAAACGAUAAAAGAAAAGAAUGAAGAAAAACGCUCACGCACACACACACAUGCGCGUAUAUACACUCUCAGAGGACAGACGAGAACGAAAAAAUAAUGUUUCGCACACACACGCACGCAAUUUCCGACGAGAAACUUGGAAAAAUUGUAGGAGUCCCCCUCCACACGUGGAGAUUCCCAAAAGUAAUUCUCAGUUUUGCUUUUCGAAUGCUUCACCGUCGUCGAACGUCUACACAGCAAAAAACAUCGCCGUCUUGUAUCGUCGCUCGAGUAGACAGGGCAGUGCAACAAGAAAUCCUCUUUGCGGGCACAGUUUGAACAAUGGAGAAAGAAAAAUUCGUUGCAUACGUAAAAUACAAACGCGCACAUCGAUUACACGCAGAACAGAUAUACAUCGUCGUUCAACGACGAGGAAAUAAAAUAUCAGAAAGGGGUGUGUUCACCGCACCGACGUCAGCUGAUGACACAUUAAAACGGAAAUCACACGAAUCACGCUGAAGGGAUCGACGCCGACGCGAUCGGUUCGUUUCGUUAUCGAUCUACACGAUCCUCUACACUGUAAGCAUAUAUAUAAAUAUAAAUAUAUAUACAUUCGCGGACGAUUUCGUGGAUCGUCGCGCGUGAAACUUAACAAUAGCAAACGAUGCGAAUAUACGAAGCGACCUCGGGGUACGAGGAUCAAGAAUUGUUGAUCGCUCCGCCCCCUCCCCGUCGUCGCGACCACACAGCAGGUUAACAGCACUUCUUUUUCUUUAUUAAUAUUUAAUAGUGAUAAAUGAAUAGUAAAUAGUGGUAAGGGAUAAUAAUUAUCGGAGACGACUUCAACAUUAAUCGUUGGCGCUUCGGUGCAACCCCGAGGCGACGAUUAUUAUUUUUGUCGUUCGCGGAGAAGACAAGAGGAUCGCGCGCGUAUUUAGAGCAGGAAACAAGAAAGAGAGAGUGGGUAGGAAAACAGACACCGACAAACGAAUGGUGGUAGAUUAUUUUGGGCUUUAGUAUUAGUAUUUCGAAAUAGAUAACGCAUCGCGAUCAGACCGCCCGGCGAGGGGGAGACUGAUACAGGUCUACGCGUUUCGUUUUUGAGAGAUUACUCGGAUUUUCCGUUUUGGGAACAGUCAUCGGGUAGAGUCGACUGGCAUCGACCAACACCGCGGAGACCAUCGUUCGUUGGAAGGUGCGACAAACGUCUCGCGGAAACGAAACGCGCCCGGAUACGGGAGGUGUCGACUGGUCCUCGAACAGGGAUGAUCUAAAUUCUUGUUUCUCCAACGACAGAUCAAUUCAUUAAAUAACAAAAUUUAUCCGGAUACACCGAUACCAAAUAUCGUAAAAUUAUCGAGUCCUAAAGUUAAAUUAAAUUUCACGUUCCAUUAAUAGUCCGAGGAAGUUAAUUAAAUUCAAUCGAAUUCUCUUGGGUACAGCACUGUGAUUAGUCGACGUCUCGCGUGAUCGUGAUCACGGGGCUGAAAGUUCGUAUUCUGGAUCCGAGGGAAACGGUUCUGAACCGAGUACGCGGCGGUAAACGAGGGCCUUAUUGUAUACAGUUGGGCAUUGUUAAUGUGACAGGUUCAAGUGAUAUCGCUAAACAGAUAAUAUAUCGGAUAAGCUUAGGGCGUGGCGCGUCAGUGGACGAUAAUGGUUCGCGAAAGGGUGAGAAAGCGUGUGAAUGUGCGACUACGGAGCGAAUGCCGAGAGAAUGGGGCGAUGAAAGAUGGAAGACGGAAUGAAACAUAAUCUAAUCGUAAGGUGAUCUAAACAGAGUUAGGAAGCUAGAGUGAGAGACAGAUUAAGAGAAAACAAAACGAGAGAGAAACGAGAGUAAGAGUUGGAGACGCGUUUUGACGAAGUCUUAAUAUAUUAUCUAUUAUUAUCCUAUUGUUGCCAAUAAUGGGCAUUAUGAGAAAACCGCGCGGGUAUGUAACUUAUUCUCUACACUGCAUUUACACUCCCCGAAAAACCCCAAACCCCCUCCCCUCCCCCAGAAGACCUUGUAUACAUAUAGUAAACACAUAUAUACACUAUACACUUGUUGUACAUAGAUAUAUAUUAUAUGUAAAGCUUAAACUUAUUAACGGAACAGAUUAUAGUCGAUGUGCACCGGAUUAUAGAUGACGCAAAAAAAAAAAAAGAAGAGGAAAAAACCCGUGAAAAAUAGAACCGUUCGUCGCGUAUGCGUGAUUAGAGCGAAUGAAGUGUUUCUUGUUUAGGUGCGCGAGCGUCGUUAUAUAUAUAUAUAUGCUGCAGUUUUUCGUUUCUUUUCUUUUUGUUUUUGUUUUCUCCGUUUUAAAUAUAGAAGAUAAAAGAUUACGACGAUCGAUAUCGCCGCGCCGUCGUCGUGCUCGUCUCGUAUUUUGCUACGUUUAUACAUAGAACCGAUAGCUGUGUCGUUCAAUCAUCGACGAUCCCACGGAUCGAUGAAAUCCUCGAUCAAACGGCAACGAUCGUUCUCACACUGCCAGCGAGACGAGACGCGGACGGUCGCGCGAGUUAAAGAUGAAAGAGGAAGACGAUAAGGAUGAAAAGAGGGAGAAAAAAAACGAAAGGAAAAGAGGAAGUCGAGUGUCGUUGGUGUUCAGAGAGCUUCGGUGUGCUGUCAUAUCAGUGCUCUCACCUGUGUUGAGAAACCCAGUCGCGAGUCGGGACACGAGAUAUGAGUAAUACUAAAACCCAAAAUAGCCGUUUCCGGGAGUUCGGCCAAUCGAGAUGGAAAGUCUACACACGCUAGACGGGAGGGAAAAAACGAGGCACACGUUCAACCUGGGAAAGAAGUUACAGGACGAACGGUGGUACGGUGGAAAAGGAAGUUUCUUUUCGGUUCGUUCGUUACCCCCGAUACAAGUUGCGCGCAACAGUUCGCGCCUUAUCAGAGAUGGGCAUCACGGAUAAAAUUUCUCGAUAACGAAUCAAGGAUAAACGAAACUUUAUCCUUCGUUCGUUCGACGACGAUUGCAAUCUGAGCUCUACAAUUACGAAUGAAAAUGUGUAAAAAUAUUGUACUAUACUGUUCCAGUUGAAGUUUGCCCAUCUCUGGUUUCCACUCGGAUAAGCGAUGGAUAACGCGAGCAGAAAAGAAAAAAACACGUGAAAAACAUACCAAAAACAAAAAAAAAAGAAAGAG